GGCCGGAGCUGAAGCCCCUGGAGGGGGGAGGGGCUCGGGCCGUGAUCCGCCCCCGGAAGCGACGCCGCCCGCCCCGGACAAGGAGCGGCAGAAACCGGAGCCCAAAACGCCCGUGGCCCCCAAAAAGGACCUGAAGAUCAAGAACAUGGGCUCGUGGGCGUCGCUGGUGCAGAAGCACCCGGCGGCGCCGGCGGCGGCGGCCAAGUCCUCGAGCGACUCCUUCGAGCAGUUCAAGCGGGGCGAGAAGGAGGAGCGAAGGCCCUCAAGGCCCAGGCCGAGCAGUUGGGACGGCACCUUCGGGGAGCACCGGCACCUGCGGCUCAAGGGCUCGGGGCUGCGUCUCCAUUACGUCACUCGGGGUCCCCCCGGGGCCCCCCUGAUGCUGCUGCUCCACGGCUUCCCCCAGAACUGGUUCUGCUGGCGCCACCUGCUGCCCGAGCUGAGCGCGCGGUUCCGGGUGGUGGCGCUGGACCUGCGCGGCUGCGGGGACUCGGAGAAGCCGCGGGGCCGGGAGCGCUACCGGCUGGAGCUGCUGCUCGGCGACAUCCGCGACGUCAUCGAGGCGCUGGGGACACCGGCGGGCCGCCCGCGCUGCGUCCUGGUGGGACACGACUGGGGAGGGGUCCUGGCCUGGGAGGUGGCCUCGAGUCACCCCCGGCUGGUGGAGAAGCUGGUGGUGAUGGACGCGCCCCACAGGGGGGUGAUGGCAGCUUUCACCGCCCGUCACCCGUCGCAGCUGCUCCGCUCCUGUUACGUGUUCCUGUUCCAGCUGCCCUGGCUGCCCGAGCUGCUGCUGUCCCUGGCUGACUUCCAGUUGGCUGCUCCCUUUGGGCUCCCUUGUGGGUGGUGGGACCCCCACUGGAUGAUCCCAGCUGGGGUGGUGGGGGUGGUCCGAAGGGCCACGCCCAUCCCGCGGGAGCCGCCCCCUCCCCCCACGCUGCUGCUCUGGGGCUCCCGCGACGCCUUCCUGGACCCGCGCCUUGGCCCCGCCCACCUGCGCUGGCUCCGCCCCUCCGCCCGCCUCCGCCUCCUGCCCGGCGCCUCCCAUUGGCUGCCCGAGGAGAGGCCCGGCCCCCUGGCCAAGCUGAUUGGAGAGUUCCUGGGGGGAGGGGCCGAGGAGGGUUCGUAG